UACAGCCUCAUGAAGCCACCCAGCACAUUGCAAAGAGCAGUGUGUGCACCUCUAUCCAAUCUGCUGUCUGGAGAACACACCAGCAAUGCCCCAGUGCACUGGAGAUAGCCAUGUCCAGCAAUUGCAAGGGAAUGAGCAUUUCCAGAUAGGCACAAUGGUCUUGCUGGUGCUCACUUAGGCACAGAGCAUCCAUGCGGCACCAUUGAAAAGGCUGUUUGCAUCUUGGAUCUGCCUGUCCACCUGGCCCAAAGAAACAAGAGUUAAGGCCCUGACAGUGUCUGGACCCCACUUCCCAGGAGCGCUAAGGUGAAGUCCAUGCAUGAACACCCUCUCAGACUUUGAGCAAGUCUGGGGCAAGUCAAGGGCAGGCAGAUUCACAGUGAGGCACGAGCAUCCACUGUGGCUUCCUGCUACUGUAGUGGCAGUGUGGGGCAUGAGUCCUACCAAAAGCACCAUCCGGAAAAGGACUAAGGAGCCCUGAUGGACAAGUUGACCAUGAGUCAAAUAUGUGCCCUUGCAGAGAUGAAGACCAGCCAUGCACAUGGCCAAAUUAGCAAAAAUGCAUCCAGUGGGACAAGGGAAAUGAUCCUCCCCCUCUAUCAGGCAUGUGAGUCCCUAUCUGGGCACCGUAUCCAGUUUUGGAAUCCCCAGUAAAAGCCAGUGACAGACUAGAGUGAGUCCAGUGAAGGCCACCAAGAUGGUGAGGGUACAUGCAAGGUAGAGGCUGAGAGCUGGGCUUGUGCAGCUAGGAGAAGGGAAGGUGAAAGGGGAUCUCAUUGCUGUCUGCAACUCCCUAAUAAGAGGGGUUCAGAAAGGAGAGAGCUAGACUCUUGGAGUGAGGAAGAAAGUCAACAACACAAGCUGCAACAUGGGAACUUCUGGAUAGAUAUGAAGAAAAAAAGAAAAAUCAUCAGCAUGAGGGUGGUCAGACACUGGAACAUGGGCCCAGAGAGGCUGUGGGAUCUCCAUCCAUAGAGAUAUUCAAAGCUCGACUGCAUAAAGCUCUGAGCAACCUGAGCUAGCCUUGAAUUUAGUCCUACUCUGAGCAGAGGGUUGGACCAGACUCCUGCCGGGACUCCUUCCACCCUGUUGAUUGUUCUGUGAGUCUACAUCUAGAGAAAGCCACUGCAACUGAGCCCUGUAAGAUGGUGGCCAGGCUGCUAGCACCUUCAUUUCAGCAUGACGAACCAUGCUCCAGCUUGCCUGGGAGCGGUUGUCAAGGAGGUUGCCAGGGAGGCUGACAUCAGACGUCCCUUCCCUAUAGAUUAUUGUGCACAGCAGCACAAUCGGUUCCUAAUCUGCAAACGAGAUGGGAGGGCACCCAGAGGAAGCCCCGGAGGGUGCUUUGCGUCAGUGGCCUGGGUUGCCUAGCACUGCUGGGACCGUGGAGAGGGGGUACCAGCUCUGGGGGCUUGGUGGUUUUUUACCUCAGGUGGCUUAUCUGAGAACCAAACACUGCUGAGAACUCAGCAGAGGAGAAGCUGAGGUGAUGGCAGCCGAGGCAGGAGAGCUCAAGGUGCCCUUCACCCGAGAUGACCAGCUUACCCGGUGCAUGCGGCUGAGAGCCCAGAGCCUCCAGCAGAAAAAUCAGAAGCCCCAGGAUGGGGAGAAGCUGCUGCGUCCCAACGAGCACAUCUAUCGAGUGGAUUUCAUCCGGCAGCACAACUUGCGCUUCCUCCGCUGGGAGAUCCAGCUGGAGAGAUCUGGGAAGGUCACAGUGGCUGGUACUUCCCAGCAUUGGACUCCGGAUCUCACCCACCUUAUGAACCGGCAAUUGCUGGAGCCAGCAGGCAUCUUCUGGAAGAAGCCAGGGGCCAAGGAGGUGGAGUGCAAUGAGGCAGAUGCCCAGGAAUUUGGGGAGCGGCUAGUGGAGUUAGCCAAGAUCCGCAAGGUGAUGUAUUUCCUCCUCUCUUUCGACGGCCUUGAACCAGCUCAGCUGAAGGGCUCUGUCGUGUUUAAAGUCUGAUCCCCUCUUGCUCAACUCCUUGUACUCCAGCUAUGUUUUUGUCUUCAUUUUUCUUUCUCUUAGUUCAGUUCUUGGUCAUUUUUUAAGUAGUUCUUCGUCAAGGGAUAGCAUUGCAAAACAGCGGAGAACAGCCUCAUGCCACUUCUGCAGAGGCCUUCCCCACCUCCCCCACUUUGAAACUUUCCCCUAACAUGCUGUCCUCUAUCUGAAUGACGGGGAAGAGGGAGAACGGGCCAUGAGGGCUUGUUGCUGUAAGUGCCUAGAGCAUAGAACUGCAUGUUUUCCAGCAGGGAAAUAGCAGGUCUGACUGCAGGAUCUUGCUGGCUUGGAA